UUCCAGGCCCUUGCGACCCGGAGGAUCUGCUGGACGGUGUGAUUUUUGGGGCAAAAUACCUGGGCUCCACGCAGCUGAUUUCAGAGAGGAACCCCCCGACCAGCGUCCGCAUGGCACAGGCCCAGGAGGCGGUGGACAGGAUCAAGGCACCGGAGGGGGAGUCCCAGCCCAUGACGGAGGUGGAUCUGUUUGUCUCCACACAGAGGAUUAAGGUGCUCACGGCUGACACGCAGGAGGCCAUGAUGGAUCACUCCCUCCAGACCAUCUCCUACAUCGCCGACAUCGGCUCCCUCGUGGUGCUCAUGGCACGCCGGAAACUGCCUCGGCGGUCGGAGGUGACAGAGGAAAAGCGGCUCUACAAGAUGAUCUGCCACGUUUUCCACUCGGCUGAUGCCCAGAUCAUCGCUCAGGCCAUCGGGCAGGCGUUCGGCGUGGCCUACCAGCGCUUCCUGGAGGCCAACAGCAUUGACCCGAGUGAGCUGAGCCCUCGCCAGUACAGCCGUGCCCUCGAGGACCAGGAACAAUACAACGCGGAGCUGACCCACUUCUCCCGGCAGGAAAACUGCAAGGAUGUCCGCAUCCGGAAGCAGAAGGGAGAGAUCCUGGGCAUCGCCAUUGUGGAGUCGGGCUGGGGCUCCAUCCUGCCUACAGUGGUCAUUGCCAACCUGAUGCACGGGGGUCCUGCGGAGAGGUCGGGCGAGCUGAGCAUCGGAGACCGCCUCAUGUCCGUCAAUGGGACGAGCCUGGUGGGGCUGCCCCUCACCACCUGCCAGAGCAUCAUCCGGGUGAGCUGA